GUAAAUCUGAGCUUGAAAAAUACCUUGCUGAAGACUCUGAAGACCCUGACAAAAAAAUUGACAUCCUAGGAUGGUGGAAAGAGAAUUCAUCUAGGUUUCCAAUCUUGGCAAAUAUGGCUCGUGAUAUUCUUGCUAUCCCCAUUACAACUGUGGCUUCUGAGUCUGCCUUUAGCACAAGUGGACGCAUACUUGAUGACUUUAGGACAUCUCUAACUCCGUUUAUGGUGCAAGCUUUAGUUUGUACGCAAGACUGGCUGAGAAGGUCAACAGAUCCGGUCGACAUCAAGGAGAACUUGGAAGAAUUAGAAGUGCUAGAAAAAGAGUUGAUUGAAGAAUUUGGUGACAAGGUGAAGGGAAAGCGCAAGUUCAAUGGUGGUGUUGUUGCUUCUUCCAUGGCCAAGUCAAACAAGUGUGCAAGUCGACCAACAAAGUGACAUCCACGUCUACUCAUGGCUGAAC